AUGAAUUCUGAAGCUGUAUGCUUGAAACUCGCAUCUAAACAUUUUGAUGAAUAAAUAUUUUAAGAAUUAUUAAGUGAAGGCGAUAAAAAUGGAUUAGAAUACGUAAAAUAAGUUUGGGAACCUACAGAAGUAUCAACAUCAGUUUCAAUGGAAUCAUCAGAGAGUUGUGGUUAUGUUAAAAAAAUAAGAUUAUUAAAUCAUAUAAACAAGUAUCUUGAUAGUUCAUUGCAUUCAUCAAUGAUUAAGAGAUUAAGGGAAUUACAAUGA